UUUUGAUAUGCAUAAAUGAGGCCGUACGGCGGGCGGUGAACAAAGAGCGGCGAAAACUGAACCGACGACCCGGACCUGCAGUUCCCGCACAAAAAUAUAUGCCCGGGCCACUCGGAGGUUAUAUACCUGCACCAGGAUAUGUAACUGGCGCAGGAGGAUACGCUCCCGCGCCAGGAUAUGUGCCCGGUGCCGCAGGAUACAUGCCGGCACCGGGAUAUGUGCCUGGUGCAGUAGGGUACGCUCCCGCGUCAGGUUAUGUGCCUGGUGCAGUAGGGUACGCUCCCGCGUCAGGUUAUGUGCCCGGUACUGCAGGAUACGUACCUGCACCGGAAUACAUGCCCGGGCCUGCAGGAUACGUACCUGCACCGGGAUAUACGGAUUUGAUCCGGGAGUGAGAAGACGAAAAGAACGAUUACGGACCGAGCAGAGGCGACCACGUCCAAAUCACGCCCGGUAAAUAUUUUUCACACACUGAUUUUUUUGAUUGCUCCUCACUUUAAGAACCUAGAUACCGCCGUAAAAUACUCCUUCCGUAGAGAUUCCGGCAAGACACGGGGAUGGCCACUCUCUCGCGAGGUGCGAGAAAGCCCCGGACAAGAAAGACGCGAGAGAUACAAUGCCUCGAGCUUCAGCUUAUCCGACUAUAUAAAAAAAUUCGAGAUUGAUCAAUCAAUCGAUCGGGCGGAUUUUUGGAAGGGACAACAGAAACGGUGCGCUCGUAGGAUUCUUCCCGACGAGAAGUAUAGCAAGGAGCAUCGGAACUCUAGGCGGAAGGACAGAGGAACGGCGAAGAGAAUUAUCACCGAGCAAAUUCGCAGGGCCCCGCGGGAUGCCUGGUGGCCCUGCCAGGAUAAGAAGCGCCACGGGUAGAAAAUGCCCAAUUUAUUAUCGGCGUGAUUCCGGCAGGUCUCUCGCUCGUCAUUGUCCGGCGGAACGUGGCAAAGCGCAGAGGUUCCCGAUCCCGGAUGCCGAAGCAGCGGCAACCACGCAGAUGCCGGUGAGACGAACGGCCCUAGAAUUGUAAAGUCGCUCAUUUUCGAGUUGAUUGUUCGGGAGAAACGCGUGUCACGUCUGCGGCCGAUUACCAAUUAUUCGCCUGUGUCAUUUCGAGAUAUUAAGAGAAAAUUAAGAGAUUUAUUACGCGUAGAAUUUUGUCUCGGCGCCCGACCGACCGCGUGUUCUCUCCCGCGCGCACAUUGAGAGAAACUCUCUCCUGCGGAUACGCCGACAGUCGCCGUGAUUUCUUUGUACCGAUAUCUGGAAUAAAUUCUUGUACUCGUAAUUAUUGUGCCGUCUCUAGUCCGUUAGAGCUAUAAAGCGUAGUAUGUAAUCGUCCCUACCAUCGCAUCGGAGAUAUAUAGAGUAUUCUUUCUCGCGCCUGCGAUUAUUCAAGUAUAUUAGCUAUUUUGUGUACUUGCGCGAAGGACGUCCCGCGGAAUAGAUAUCAGGAAUAAAUCGCGCGGAACAUAUUAUAGUUUACGGGAGAUUGUGUAGUGCCGCGAUUAUUAGAAUCAAUCACUUCGCACGGACCGUAGUAAGUCUCGUGCGUGAAUAAUUAUUCGCCACGUAUACGAACAAGUUUACUCCCGGGUUCCGCGUGUCACCAGAUAUCUCCGCGUCGGGUCGUCCAAAAGGUCGCGGAAUCAUAACACCGCGCCACGUGUCAGCAGCCGUACUCUCGCUGUACUUUAUCUUUACGACUGUAAUAUCCGAUUUCGAUCGCUUUGGAUUUCGGCGUUCUAUAGAACUCGCCGCCCGCCACCAACGACAAGUGCGCGAAAUUUAAUUAAUAUCUUA